AUGUCCUCUUCAAUCCCCACAACAAUGAAAGCAGUCGACAUCCGCAACGGCAAAGGCGACGCCUCCGCCCUCUUCAUCAACGACCAAACUUCCGUCCCACAACCCACCGGCUCCCAAGCCCUCGUCAAGAUCAAAGCUUUCGGCCUCAACAGAAUGGACCUCCUCCAGCGCGAAGGCAACUACCCCGUCCCAGCCGGUGCACCAAAAACCCUAGGCGUAGAGUUCAGCGGCACAAUCGCACAGCUCCCAGACAGCUCCGAGGUCGAGCACGGCUGGAAAGUCGGCAACGAGGUCUUCGGCCUCGCGUACGGAGGCGCAUAUGCGGAGUACAUCGCCGUGAGCACGCACAUGCUCAUCCACAAGCCGAGUGAAUUGUCGUGGGAGAUAUGCGCCGGUAUUCCGGAGACGUGGAUCACAGCCACGCAGGCACUGUUUCUGAUCGGCGAGUUCAAGAAGGGUCAGUCUGUGCUCUGGCACGCUGGAGCGAGUAGUCUGGCGAAAGGCGAGGGUGCGAGUGCGAUCUAUGUUACUGCCAGUUCACAGGAGAAGAUUGAUUUUUGCAAGAAUCUCGGUGCGACACAGGGCUUCAACUACAAGGAGAGCAAUUGGAGCGAAGAGCUGUUGAAGGCGACGGAUGGGAAGGGUGUGGAUGUGAUUGUGGAUUUUGUUGGUGCGAGCUACUUUAACCAGAAUUUGGAUGCUGUUGCUCGAGAUGGACGGAUUGUGAAUCUGGGGUUCUUGGGCGGUAAUACACUCAAAGGCGAUGUCGAUAUUGGACGAUUCCUGAGAAAGAGAUGUCGAUUUGAAGGCAGCUCGCUGAGAUCGAGAGAUGAGACGUACCAAGGAAAAUUACGAGAUCAGCUUGUUGAGCAUGCUUUGCCUAGGUUCAAGGAUGGUAGGUUCCACGUUCCUGUUGAGAAGGUGUUCAAGAUGAGUGAGGUGAAGCAAGCGCACGAGUUGAUGGAAAGUAAUCAGACGAAGGGAAAGCUGAUAUGCGUGGUCGACUAA